AUGGUGCUCAGUAUACGAGAGGACAAACAAGGUCUGCGCGCCCAAUGUGACGCAUCUGGAAGCAUGAUGAAUUGUGCUGUAAGCCUCUCCCGUUUCCUUAGCACGAGCGGGUUUUACAAGGAUUAUCUUCUGGUGGUCAUCGACGCUCCAGGACUCCCCAGAUCCGAGCGACUUGACAUGGGUGUCAUCCUUCUUGAGCUUGUUUCCUUUUCCUCACACAACGAAGACUCUUCCUGGCUAUUUACAUGUCAUGUCGCUAACAGGCAGCUUCUAGCCGAUUGUCGGCCUCGAUCGCCUCCAGCAUGGGAGCAUAUGAUUAGACGAAGCAAGAGGCCCACGCCCUAUGUCUAA